AAUGGUUACGGUUUUAUACAAAGAAAAUCGAUAUUUGGUUUAUUAAAGCUAUGCCGAAUUAAAGAGUGGUUUAUAAUUAUCCACUAGAUGUCAUUUUGGAACGAACUGUAAGGUUUUCCCUCAAUUUGAAGAUGAAAAACAAGAAGAAAAGACAAACUGAGUGGUCUGUAAAACGUUGGUUCCGCUUGGGGUGUUUCCAGUCGGACACAAUAACAAAAUAAACACUAUCCGGUCUAGAGAGGAAGACCCUGUGUUUUCUUGAUGAUAAAUCUUCUCAGUUUAUUCUGAUUUAAAUCAUAUAAUAAUAAUAAAGGAACAGUCAACAUGGAGCCGGCCCACAGAGCCCUGCUGCGGGAGCACCGGCUCUAUCUGUCCGGGCAGCUGCUGGUCUCGGACUCCAUCGUUCCGCUUCUGUUCCAGGAGGAGAUCCUGACGGAAGCCCAGGUGGAUCAAAUCUUGUCUCAGCCGUCAGAGAGGCUGAAGGCCCUGGAGCUCCUGACCCUGCUGCCGGCCCGUGGCCCGCGGGCCUUCAGAGCCUUCAUCCGGAGCCUGGAGGACCACAGCUGGGUCCGAGAGAGGCUAGAGGCGGAGCUCCAGGAGGUAGAUGGAGCCCGAGGAGCCGGACGAGAUACAGGCCCCGACCCCCCCCCUCGCUGACGACCCCCCCCCUCGCUGACUACCCCCCCCUCGCUGACGACCCCCCCCUCGCUGCAGACCCCCCCCUCGGACCGGGUCUUGUCCCGCCUGGCGGCCCGGCUGGGCUCCGGCUCUCAGGAGGUUCUGCUGGACCUCGGCCUGUCGGCGGAGGACGUGUUUCGCUGCCGGACCGAUAAUCCUCUCUGCUCCCACAGCGCUGUGUUGGCAGGGCUGGUGCUGUGGAGGCAGCGGGGGGGCAGGGGGGCCACCAUGAGGAGGCUGGAGCAGAGCCUGGAGGCGGCUGAAGUUCAUCCAUCCGUCCUGCAGGGGGCGCUCACAUGAUGUGUCUUCAGGAACACGACGACACGCUGCCUGCAGGGGGAUUGAACCAGCGCUCCCCUGAGACCACUGAGCCACACCCUCCCUCACAUUCACCUCUUGUUGCCCUUCAAAAUAAAAGCCCUGCAGCUCUAGAGAAACACCAUCAUGAAUACACCUGUCUGUCUCUACUGGGACCUGUCUGUCUCUACUGGGACCUGUCUGUCUCCACUGGGACCUGU